CAACCACCGCCAUCAUGCCCGCAGCCACAGCCAGGCCCAAGCUGGGCAAGCUCGCUACCCCAGUGACGAGCACCUUUCCCUCGGACGUACAUUCAGCAACCGCGGCCACUCCUCGGUCUGCUCUACCGUUCGCCUACAAGCCUGACCCAAGCUAUAUCAAGACACCCAUUAGCCCACCAUUGGCCUACACCGACUUCCUGUCCAAGGCCCUUACGCUCGGCUCACCGGCUUUUGCACCGGGCGAGAUCUCCCCCGAGUCCGCACCGACAUCUGCCGCCAGCGACAAGUCGGAGACGUCCUCGACCGACGAGCGCCCCUCUCCGACUUCAAGCGCCGCCAGCAGCAAACCCUCGUCGCCAGCGUCGGCGACGGCGGUCCCUCCCACUCCAUUCACGGCGCCUCUCCCCAUGUCGGCUCCUCCUACUGGAGCGCAUUGCUUUCCCAGCUUGAAAGUGCCGCCCAGUCCUGCCAUCUCCAAUCUCGACUCUCCCAUGAGCUCGAGACUCAUCGGCUCUCCGUUUAGCGCGGGAUCCAUCCACUCCGUGUUCGAUUGGGACGCCGCUCUCAAGGCUCGCCUGGAAGCGAAGAAGCCAAAGUCGUCACGGAGUGUACGGCACAUCCGGGAGGUGGUGACGAGAACCGUCACCUACACGCCCAAGAUGGAGCCUGCUCCCCGAGGCAAGAGACGGAAGGUGGAGUAACGAGGAGAGGAGAGGGAAAGCAU